AGAAAACCACCAAAAAAAAAAAACAGAGCAACAAUCCCCGUUACCCCACGGGAUCCAACCGGAUUCUCCUUGUCCUUCUCCCUUCCUCCCUCGCCGGAGCCCGAUCGAAGGUACGCCGCUUCCCAUCGGAUGGCUCCUCUCCUGUCACCACCGCUGCUUGCCGACUCGGUUGCCAAGUUCCAUUGCUCCUCCACACCCACCCCCUGCUCCGGCAGUGUCCGGCGAUGGGCAAUCACAAGGUUCGCCGGGGCCGGGAGGAGGAGAGACUGGCACCGGAGACGGCGGACGUCCGGAAGGGGGGUCCUGACGGUUUCCGCGGUGGCGGCGGAGUCGCCCAGCUCCGGUGGUGGCGUCGCCGAAGACUACUACGCUGUUCUUGGCGUUAUGCCGGAUGCAACACCUCAGCAGAUCAAGAAAGCGUACUACAAUUGCAUGAAAGCAUGCCAUCCUGAUCUCAGUGGCAAUGACCCCGAUGUGACGAACUUCUGCAUGUUCAUCAAUGAAGUUUACACGGUACUUACCGAUCCCAUCCAGCGAGCGGUGUAUGAUGAGAUUCAUGGCUAUGCCGCAACAGCAACCAACCCCUUCUUCGAUGACAGUGCCCCUAGGGAUCAUGUGUUUGUCGAUGAGUUUAGCUGCAUAGGAUGUAAAAACUGUGCUAAUGUGUGUUCUAAGGUCUUCGAAAUUGAGGAAGAUUUUGGUCGGGCAAGAGUUUACAAUCAAUCAGGCAAUGCCGAACUAAUUCAAGAAGCUAUUGACACUUGUCCAGUUGACUGCAUCCAUUGGACAUCAGCUGCACAACUUUCACUCCUUGAAGAUGAAAUGCGAAGAGUAGAAAGAGUGAAUGUUGGUUUGAUGCUAGCUGGGAUGGGAAGUUCAGUUGAUGUGUUUCGGAUGGCAAGUACACGAUGGGAGAAAAGACAGGCUAAAGUCUUGGAAAAGGUCAGAAGACGUGUGAGCCAAGAAGAUUCUGGUAAGGGCAGCUCAUGGAGUGAUGUCUGGGGAGCACCAACAAGAUAUCGAAAGAACGAGGACGAAGCAAGGGAGAGAGCAAAGCGAGCAGCGGCGGCAGCGAGGAGGUGGAGAGAAUACUCGAGGAAAGGUGCAGACAAGCCUCCCACAUUCAAACUUCCAGAGGCAGUGUCCAACAAGGAGUGAGAGAACAGAACACAAUCAAAUGAGAAUUUUUAUCAAAGCAGUGCUACCUAACCCCAUUGAAAUCAUGUAUAGUCUAAUUAUUUGCAGAGAGCUGUAUAGCAUUUAUGCUCUCUCGCCCUCCAUUCCACAUGAUGACCAAUAUCUUCCAAUAUUCUGCUUGAGAUAGUUGGUGUUGGUCACCAUAUAGAAUACAGAACUACAGAUUCCAAGUGUAGAAAGAUACUGUACCAUUGCUACUCAUACAGUUAUGUACUUAUGUUAUGAUGAAACUUAGAAACUUGGUUUAUACUAA